AUGUUUUCCAGUGGAACGGGAAAUAAAACUAAGAGGAAAUCAUUUUUCCUCUUUGGAGGUGAUACUAAGACGGCAUUAAAACCAACUCACACCCAAACGAUACCUACAACUCACACCCAUCAUAAAAAGGUUGAAUCAGCGUCUAUUGAUGGAAAACAUAUUCCAAAUGGUAGCCUUCAAUCCAGUAGCAUACCUAAGUCUGCAUCUUUAUCUUCAAAACCAAAAAGUAUACCAAUAAAUAAAAUUGUUCAAGGGCAAACAAUAACGACAAGUAGUAAACCAAGUGUGGAGCAACCUAUGGUUAAACCUAGAGAAAGGGUUAAACGUCCACCUCCACCUAUGGUAAACAUGGAAGAAAUACGAUCAUCUGCAGAAAGAAUACGGUCGAUCAACCUAAAGGAUGAAGAUCCACAAUCCGAAACUAAUGCAAUAAAGAAGGAUACUCAAAACUUGUUAUCAAGGGAUACAAUGCUUAAUGAGCAUCAUGAUAGUGGUACUGGUCUCAUAGAGCGGGAAAUAGUUACUAAGAAUACAGAUAUUGGAUAUAUUUACCAACACAAAAGAGAACGGUCGAAGGCUGAAGAACUUGUUGAUGAUAUUGACAUAUAUCUAAAAUCAUAUAAGGAGAAUUCAAAGUCACCUAGUCCACAUCCACUAAAUACUACUCAACAUGCGUUCGAUCAGAAUGUUGAGGAUAUUUUUGUCCCUGAAUCGGAGAGCCCAAUGAUCAUCCAUAUCCCAAGCAAUGAUACAGUUGAGGAGGUAAGUCCUCUAGAUUUUAAUAGUAACUUGAAAAGUAUUCCUAAAUUAUAUGAGAGUUCCGAUGAAAGUGCGAGUGAAGGUAUUGAUAGUGUUUCUUGUCACGAUCCAAUCGUUUCCAAUAAUGUACCUUUAGAUGGUGUCGACAAACAAGAUAAUUUUUCGUUUACUGGAUCACGUAGUAUUAUAUCUUCAGAAAGGUCUUCUUAUCGAGAACAAGUAGCUGCCCCCCCUGGAGUUCUUGAUGUUGUGUCAGUUGAUGACUAUAAGAAGAAAAAUGCUAAUCCUUUUAUGAUAGAUACGGAAUCAUCUCCAGAGAUAAUGCCCCCACGUUUAAGAAUAGCCAACACAGGACCACCAAGUCCAGUAUCUUCAACGUCAUCAGACGAAUAUAUUCUAAACUACGAUGGGAAACCUCAGAAUUCAAGAGCUGCACCAACAGAAGGAACAGUCGAUUUAGAACCUCGACGCCGUUUUAGAGUUGUAAAUGAGGAUCGUCCGACUUUCUAUGCUCCUUUCGACGAAGAUAGUGAUGUAUCAUCUUUUGAAUCUAGAAACAGUUCCCAUAAGAAUACAGAUGGUGAACCUGGCAUUCCUGAGGCAUAUGAGACUCCACUAGAAUCUCCAAUACUCCAAGAUUCAAUAGCAGAAAGUAUAAUAGAAACAACUGAUAGCAGGAUUACAAGUUCCAUCGACCUAACUUCUUCUGAUUAUCAGGUGCCCGAUAAUACCCGUUCAUUACAUGCUGAAUUAUUGAGGUCACGCGAUGGUUUAGAGAGCAUAGAGGAUAGCAGUAUUAAUAAACUGCCGGAGACACCCAAUUCGAAAAGUGCACGAAGUGAAUCGCCUGUCCAUGAUAGAACUCUUAAAUCUGAAAAGCCAGCACGAUUAGUAUCUAGUUAUGUGGAAGAAUUGAGAUUAAAAUAUUAUAAGACAUCGAAUUUCUUAGAGGCACCACCUAACCUACCGUCAUCUCUCAAACAGAAGAAUAAUCUUAUUCAGCCAAAGAAUAUUAGAGUUGCCAUUAGAACUAGUUCGAAACAGGUUGGCAUAAAACAUGGUAGAGUUAAACAGAAGUUACUUGCUUUAGAGGCAAAUACUGGUGAUAACAAAUCUCUAGGGAGUUCAAACAUUGGUGUCAUCGAUCACACCAAAGAAUUCCAUAAAUUGCUUGGUAAGGAUGAUGUUGUUCCAGAAGAAGACGAAAAUGCGUCAGAAGAAUAUUUAAAUGAGAUUCCAGGUGAUGACGCGUACGAUAGUGAUGAUUGGAUGGCCCCUCUUAGAGAAAAGAAAGGUGUCUCAAAACCCAGUGAUGUCACAAGAAGUAAUACAACUGUUAGUUAUUAUACUAGGUUACAAAAUAGACCUAGAAGUGGGACUGUUGAUAAGAUGAAAUCAUACAACUACAAACUCCCAACAAAUAUACUGGAUGAAUAUAAUGCAGACCAAGAAAAGAAGAACGAUGAAAACUCUACUAAGAGAACUCCCUCGACGAAGAGUUAUGCAUCUUCGACAUUUAUGGAUAGUUAUUUACCUGAUGGAAGACUUUAUGUCGCCAACCCAGAAUCUGACGAAGAAUGA